AUGGGGGACCGCCUCGAAAAGAAUUCGGCCGCCGUGCGGAAGCGCAUCGAAGAUCACACCUUCACCGACGAGACCGGGGAAGAGUACGAUGCCAGUGCCUUUGGAGGCUUCAGCGACUACUUUAGGCGCAAAAAAAUUAAGUUGCAAAACCUUGAUGCUGAGCUGCGAGCAAACGCGUCUCCCGGCAAGCCGCAGAUCUUCAAGGGCGUCGUCGCCCACGUCAUGGGAUACACUCAGCCAUCCUUACAAGUUCUGCACAAGGAGCUGGUGCAACACGGUGCCGGAUUUCUUCAGUACCUGGACUCCAAGACAUGUGCUACACAUAUCAUCGCAUCGGCUCUGCCGCCCAAAAAGGUUGUCGACUACAACAAGUAUCGCAUGGUGAAGCCCCAGUGGGUUGUGGACUCCAUCAGUGCUGGGAAACUGCUACCAUGGACCGACUACCGCGUCUUCGACGAGGGUCCGGCGCAAAAGACGCUGAAAUUCGACAGUGGCAAGAUGUCUGCUGAGAAAAGCCAGCAGUCCAGUCUUGGAUAUAGAGAACAGACCCAAAACAGCUUCUACACAAAACAACUGCAGAAGCAAGCGGAGCUUCAUUCGACUGCUGGUUCAUCCCCUUUUCGCUUCAUGGGCACCACGAAUCAAAAUUCCACCCCCUUGGAAUCUGGUGACAGUGUUGAGUCAAAAACAAGCAAACCAGCAACCGCUGUAUAUGAUGAUCUAGACGAAAUGUCCGAGGUCCCCCAGGAACGCGCGACCACGCCGACGUCGCCAACGCCAGCCGGCAAAGAGAAUAUCAAGGAAUUCCCACGUGAGGGUUCUUUGCCGAUGGCCAAUGCUAAAAAUAAACCAAUGGCUCCUCCUGCUCCCAGACCAAAAGAUCCGGAUCAUCCGAGAGGAGAGGUAGAUGAAGCACGUGGCGAUUCAAGGGCCAUGACCUCUGAGGAGCACAAUGCAUUGCUACUAAAGGACCCCAAGAUAUGGAAAUCUUCCACAGCAAAUCCGGACUUCCUGAAGCAAUUUUACUCCGAAAGUCGUCUCCAUCAUCUUUCAACCUGGAAGGCAGAGCUCAAGUCCAAGAUGCAAAAGAUGGCUGCUGAGAAAGGUCCAGCGCAAAAGCCGAUUAAGCACAAGCAUGGGUCACGCCGCUACAUCAUGCAUGUGGACUUUGACAGCUUUUUCUGCGCCGUGUCGCUGAAAAGUGCACCGGACUACAUUGGCAAGCCUGCCGUUGUCGCUCAUGGGACUGGUACAGGCUCAGAAAUUGCUUCUUGUAAUUACCCUGCUCGAGAAUUUGGGAUCAAGAAUGGCAUGUGGAUGAAACGUGCCCUGGAACUGUGUCCCACGAUCAAGGUUUUGCCGUACGACUUUCCAGCCUAUGAGGAUGCCAGCAGGCUCUUCUACGAAGCAAUACUCGAGGUUGGUGGCAUUGUGCAGAGUGUCAGUGUUGACGAGGCACUGAUAGACAUAAGCAGCCUUGUUUUGGAGGCAGCGGCAUCAAGCGGGGUUGGCGUGGAGGAAGGCAGCGUGUGGAGAGAACAGGAGAAGGCCAACGAGCUUGCGACGAAUCUGCGGGCCGAAAUCAAACGCAGGACGGGUUGUAAUGUGUCGAUUGGCAUGGGACCGAAUAUCCUGAUGGCUAAAGUCGCACUCAGGAAAGCAAAGCCGGCCGGUCAAUAUCAGGUAAAGCCAGAAGAGGUUUUGGACAUGCUGAGUGAUUUAAAGGUUGAAGACCUACCCGGUGUUGCGUACAGUAUCAAGAACAAACUUGAAGAAGUGGGCGUCAGGUUGGUCAAGGAUGUGCGGGAGCUCUCUCGUGGAAAGCUGACCACAAUCCUAGGACCUAAGACAGGGGAAAGGCUUUGGGAGUACUCCAGGGGCAUCGACAAAGCCGAGGUCGGAGAUCAGCCUAUGCGGAAGUCAGUAUCGGCUGAAGUAAACUGGGGCAUUCGGUUCGUUAACCAACCCGAGGCCGAAGAGUUUGUCAUGAACUUGUGCAAGGAGCUGGAGAAGAGACUCCUGAACGAGGGAGUCAAGGGCAAGAGCUUUACUAUGAAGAUUAUGCGUCGCUCACUCGACUCUCCCCUGGAUCCGCCAAAGCACCUAGGCCAUGGAAAGUGCGACGUCUUCAACAAGUCAGUGGCCUUUGGAAUUGCCACCUACAGUGCUGACUUCAUCGGCAAAGAAGCUGUUUCAAUCCUGAGGAGCUACAACUUUGCGCCCGGUGAUCUCCGAGGCCUGGGCGUGCAUCUGAGUCGAUUAGAGCCCAUCAAAGGGCCUGCUGCCGGUGUACCAGAGAGCAGCCAGAAAACCUUGUCUUUUGGGGCAUUUACGAGAGCUUCAAAUAGUAAGAAGUCGAAGCAGGAAACUAUUGAAGAUGACGGCAGGAUUGGCGGUAGGAGAUCUUCCUCAGGCCACGAGAUGCAAGACGAUCCCAUCUCGGUAGACCCGUUGACGCCUCGGAAGCCAAAAGCGAGCCCAAUGCACCCUGCAGUUGCGCUUACUAUGGCAAGAGAGGCUGACACUCAGGCCAGAACGCCAUUGAAUGUCUACGGGACGCAGUUCAUCCUACCUACACAACCUGACCCUGAGGUCAUGGCCGCAUUGCCUCACGAUAUCCGCACGAAGCUGAUGGCGCAGCAGAAGCGAGCCGCUCCACCGGGUGCAAGGGAAGGAUCGCCUGCUUCAAGGCCCAGGUCGAGAAUACCAAGUCCUGCAUUGCGAGAUGACACGAUCCCUUCUGACAUAGAUCCGGAGGUGUUUGCAGGUUUGCCUGAAGAUAUGAAGGCGGAGGUUCUUGCAUCAUAUGGUCGGAGAAGCGGUGGUGGCGGACAAUCAGUGUUGCCCCAAUCUCCUCGCAAGGACAGAGUGAUCAACAGGCCACGUCCACGCACGACCCCAACGAAACGUGGCGGCAUACGAGGGAUGCUUGGCCGGGCGCGCGAACGACAACAUGAUGCCGAGGUCGGAUUGCAACAAACAAACCUAUUCACGGGACCGAGACGACAUGUAGAGGAGGCAAUAAAUGCAGCAGAGUCAGCAGCGCAAACAGGACAUAACAUUGUCACAGAGCCCGAGGAAGUGCUUGACCAGGAGGUCCUGGCCGCAUUACCUUUGGAAGUCCGGAGGGAGAUCAUGGCUGAACAGCGCCGCCGCCGAUUGGCUCAGCAGGGUAGCCUAGAUGUGCAGGCACCACCGCUGCGGCGGCGCGAGGCGGUGAGAUCCGAGGGUGUGGUUGAUUCGCAGACGAGACUGCAAUUCCCCAACAAGCCGGCACGGGCAUCGUUUACCAAGCAAAACCUCACUUCGCUGCCGAGAAUCAAAGACAUGCUGCAGCUCUGGCACCGGGAUACGGUUCGCACCGGACCACAUCUACGGGACACAGAGGUGCUCGAGACAUACCUACGGAAGGUCAUACGCGAGGAGCGAAAUCUGGAGAAGGCACAGGUACUUGUUGCAUGGCUGGACUGGUUGGUGGAAGAGCAGCAGGACGGGGACAGCGCAGGGAAAGGCAAGAAACAAUGGCAAGCUGCCGUUGAGCGUAUCAAGGGUGUUGUACAAGGAGCUCUGGCAGAGAGAGGGCUGGGACCUAUGGACUUGAGUUGA